AUGUCAAGGUCAGGAGCCUUCCGCCUGUGCGCCAGGCCGGGGGCCGCGGCGCAGAUUCGAGCCUUUCGACCCUUGAACUUUUCGACAACCGCGCCUGUUCGAGCUGCCGAGAUUCGCGAUGUUUCCUCUCUCCCGCCCAGAGUCGUCCCGAAAUACCGCGAUCCUCCGAACUCGACCUCUGGCCUGCUCUCCCUACACUGGCCGACGCCUCCGCGAAAUAUCUUACUGAUGCCGAAGCUGCGGUCCCCUCAAGUCCUACGAGCGACCAUCGACUUUGCGAAACACCUACAAAGUACAUACUCUGGUCUGAACCUGAUAUUUGAGCCGAGAGUCGCUCAGAUGGUGCACGAGUCCUUCAACUUCCCCAUCUACACAUGUGACCCAUCUGCAUUCCCGGACAGAAUUGACAUGAUCACGACGCUUGGAGGCGACGGAACCAUUUUGCGCGCCGCAAGCCAUUUCAGCAUGUACCAAGCCGUGCCCCCCAUUCUUGCAUUCAACUUUGGUACAAUAGGGUUCCUGGCCGAAUGGAAGUUCGAGGAAUACAAGAGGGCCUGGAGAGAGGCUUACAUGAGUGGGAGUGGCGUCGCCGCGGAUGAUCUAUUGACGCCACACACAAGAGUCGCAAGCGGAGAGAAGGAACACGACGUCAAGGACGGGGCUCAGUCUGGAUGGCACGCUUCUCCUGGAAAGAGUAUGGGACAGAGUCGGGCAGCCAAGAUUUUGCUUAGACACCGACUACGGGUCGGCGUGUACGACAACAACGGCCAGAACAUCAGCAGCCAAUUACUUCCAACGACGAAGUCACAAGCACACCUACCAGCCGAACACCCCGAGGACACAAUACUUUCGAAACGUGACAUUCCGCAACCGAUCCACGCUCUGAACGAACUCCUCAUUCACCGCGGGCCAAAGCCUCACCUUGCCCAUAUUGACAUUUACCUUAACAACCGAUUCCUGACGGAAGCUGUCGCAGAUGGUAUACUAUUGAGCACCCCUACAGGCUCAACCGCAUAUAGCCUGAGCGCUGGCGGUUCCAUCAUACACCCCCUCGUCAAAUCACUUCUCAUCACUCCCAUCUGUCCUCGAAGUUUAAGCUUCCGGCCUUUGGUUCUCCCCCUUAAUACCAAGGUCACACUCAAGGUCAGCAGCAAAAAUCGUGAUGGCGAGCUCGAGGUCAGUAUCGACGGCAAGCGAAGCGCCGGCGCAGGUAUCGGGACUGAGAUCCGCGUCGAGGGCGAGAUGGUGGGCGAGUCCAGCAACGGUGACUGGAAGGGAGGUGUGCCGUGUGUCAUCUGCGGACCAGGCAAGGGCGACGCGUCGGACUACGACGACGACGGCUGGGUUGGUGGCCUUAACGGCCUCCUCAUGUUCAACUACCCUAUCGGGCGGUGA